GAGGCCGGGCCCGAGCAGAGUGUGGCGGCGGCGGCGAGAUCUGGGCUCGGGUUGAGGAGUUGGUAUUUGUGUGGAAGGAGGCGGAGGCGCAGGAGGAAGGGGGAAGCGGAGCGCCGACCCGGAGGGCGGGAGGAGGCGCGGCCAGGGCGGGCGGUUGCGGCGAGGCGAGGCGGGGAGCCGAGACGAGCAGCGGCCGAGCGAGCGCGGGCGCGGGCGCACCGAGGCGAGGGAGGCGGGGAAGCCCCGCCGCCGGCGCGGCGCCCGCCCCUUCCCCCGCCGCCCGCCCCCUCUCCCCCCGCCCGCUCGCCGCCUUCCUCCCUCUGCCUUCCUUCCCCACGGCCGGCCGCCUCCUCGCCCGCCCGCCCGCAGCCGAGGAGCCGAGGCCGCCGCGGCCGUGGCGGCGGAGCCCUCAGCCAUGGCCUCGGGCGACACCCUCUACAUCGCCACGGACGGCUCGGAGAUGCCGGCCGAGAUCGUGGAGCUGCACGAGAUCGAGGUGGAGACCAUCCCUGUGGAGACCAUCGAGACCACAGUGGUGGGCGAGGAGGAGGAGGACGACGACGACGACGAGGACGGCGGCGGUGGCGACCACGGCGGCGGGGGCGGCCACGGGCACGCCGGCCACCACCACCACCACCAUCACCACCACCACCACCCGCCCAUGAUCGCUCUGCAGCCGCUGGUCACCGACGACCCGACCCAGGUGCACCACCACCAGGAGGUGAUCCUGGUGCAGACGCGCGAGGAGGUGGUGGGCGGCGACGACUCGGACGGGCUGCGCGCCGAGGACGGCUUCGAGGAUCAGAUUCUCAUCCCGGUGCCCGCGCCGGCCGGCGGCGACGACGACUACAUUGAACAAACGCUGGUCACCGUGGCGGCGGCCGGCAAGAGCGGCGGCGGCGGCUCGUCGUCGUCGGGAGGCGGCCGCGUCAAGAAGGGCGGCGGCAAGAAGAGCGGCAAGAAGAGUUACCUCAGCGGCGGGGCCGGCGCGGCGGGCGGCGGCGGCGCCGACCCGGGCAACAAGAAGUGGGAGCAGAAGCAGGUGCAGAUCAAGACCCUGGAGGGCGAGUUCUCGGUCACCAUGUGGUCCUCAGAUGAAAAAAAAGAUAUUGACCAUGAGACAGUGGUUGAAGAACAGAUCAUUGGAGAGAACUCACCUCCUGAUUAUUCAGAAUAUAUGACAGGAAAGAAACUUCCUCCUGGAGGAAUACCUGGCAUUGACCUCUCAGAUCCCAAACAACUGGCAGAAUUUGCUAGAAUGAAGCCAAGAAAAAUUAAAGAAGAUGAUGCUCCAAGAACAAUAGCUUGCCCUCAUAAAGGCUGCACAAAGAUGUUCAGGGAUAACUCGGCCAUGAGAAAACAUCUGCACACCCACGGUCCCAGAGUCCACGUCUGUGCAGAAUGUGGCAAAGCUUUUGUUGAGAGUUCAAAACUAAAACGACACCAACUGGUUCAUACUGGAGAGAAGCCCUUUCAGUGCACGUUCGAAGGCUGUGGGAAACGCUUUUCACUGGACUUCAAUUUGCGCACACACGUGCGAAUCCAUACCGGAGACAGGCCCUAUGUGUGCCCCUUCGAUGGUUGUAAUAAGAAGUUUGCUCAGUCAACUAACCUGAAAUCUCACAUCUUAACACAUGCUAAGGCCAAAAACAACCAGUGAAAAGAAGAGAGAAGACCCUUCUCGACCACGGGAAGCAUCUUCCAGAAGUGUGAUUGGGAAUAAAUAUGCCUCUCCUUUGUAUAUUAUUUCUAGGAAGAAUUUUAAAAAUGAAUCCUACACACCUAAGGGACAUGUUUUGAUAAAGUAGUAAAAAUUAAAAAAAAAAAAAACUUUACUAAGAUGACAUUGCUAAGAUGCUCUAUCUUGCUCUGUAAUCUCGUUUCAAAAACACAGUGUUUUUGUAAAGUGUGGUCCCAACAGGAGGACAAUUCAUGAACUUCGCAUCAAAAGACAAUUCUUUAUACAACAGUGCUAAAAAUGGGACUUCUUUUCACAUUCUUAUAAAUAUGAAGCUCACCUGUUGCUUACAAUUUUUUUAAUUUUGUAUUUUCCAAGUGUGCAUAUUGUACACUUUUUUGGGGAUAUGCUUAGUAAUGCUAUGUGUGAUUUUUCUGGAGGUUGAUAACUUUGCUUGCAGUAGAUUUUCUUUAAAAGAAUGGGCAGUUACAUGCAUACUUCAAAAGUAUUUUCCUGUAAAAAAAAAAAGUUAUAUAGGUUUUGUUUGCUAUCUUAAUUUUGGUUGUAUUCUUUGAUGUUAACACAUUUUGUAUAAUUGUAUCGUAUAGCUGUAUUGAAUCAUGUAGUAUCAAAUAUUAGAUGUGAUUUAAUAGUGUUAAUCAAUUUAAACCCAUUUUAGUCACUUUUUUUUUCCAAAAAAAUACUGCCAGAUGCUGAUGUUCAGUGUAAUUUCUUUGCCUGUUCAGUUACAGAAAGUGGUGCUCAGUUGUAGAAUGUAUUGUACCUUUUAACACCUGAUGUGUACAUCCCAUGUAACAGAAAGGGCAACAAUAAAAUAGCAAUCCUAAAGCAAGAAUAUGGCAGAACAAGAUCUGUAAGCACAGUCUUAUUUUCUUUUGUUGUCCAGAAUACUUAUAAUUCUUGAGCCUCCCAGAAAUUGGAAGCUAAAUAAAGCAACUCAAGUUUCCUUUAUUUUGCACUCAGUUACAGUGAUUAUUGAUGAAAGCGAUGCAUGGAUAUUUUAAUACUUCCUACAUGGCCUGACUUCUGAAAGAGAGUAGGUAACAGGCAUCCCGAGUUCAGGAACUACCUCAGAACACCCCAGGCCAGGUUGGUCGUAGGCUGUGAUUUUAGCCCCCGGCAAGUGUGAGUGAAGCAUCUGUACCACCGCGCAGGCUGAGCGCCUGCGCAGGGUAAGGUGCCACCUGGCAGUGGGGCACACAGAGGGAAGACCAGGCCUGUCCAUCAGCCGGCUGCCUUCAGAGGCAGCUCCAGCAGGGCCUUGGCUUGUCUGACAGGAAAUGCUUGUGGUCGUUGGUUAUUUGGUUUGAGAGCCCUUGUUCCUCCAUCUAGUGGAGUCCUUAUUAAAUGCUAGCAAUGUGGCAAUUGAGUGCCAGUAGCUUCAUUUCAUGUUUCUAAAUGGACACUGGGUGCAAAUCGGCAAGGUGAUUAGAUUAUUAGAAAAUUGUGCUCAAUGAGUACCUCUCACAUUGUAACCUCUUAAAUGUACGAUUAUAAUGUUGGAUCUUAGGUCAAAUAACAGACUUGAGAAUACUUUAUAAACUGCCAUGAUACAGCAAAAUCUCAUUUAUUCAAAGUGCAAACAUACUGUGUGUCUUUCUGUUUUGUGUAUGCUUGACUGCAAGAUAAAUGACAAACUAGCUAAUAUCCGAGAUUUAUUUACAAACGGCCAGGGACCCCAUCAGGUGAAACACAUAGCCCAUUGUCUUAGAGCUUCUCCAUCGGUCCUGUACAGGAGGAUUGGUGACCUACUAACAGUGACCCUGUGGCUCUGUGGAAUUUUGAAGUGCCUUUUGUGAAUCAUGAAUGAAACAUUUAACUUGAGACCCUUAAAAAAAUUCAUCCAGAAUCUGUUACCCCUUGGGUAGUUUGAUGGAACUGAGUUAAGCAGAAGACCCCAGCUGUUUUCUGGGUAAGCCAGGCUUUGCUGUAUCUGGCAGUCAGGAGAGAGGUCAGCCCAUGGUGGAGGUCUUCAGUGCCGAGGGCUCGGAUGAGAACGUGUAGUUCUUUGACUUGGACCUGGGCAGCGUCUUCUAUGGAUGCCUGCCUUGUGAGCACCCACACCUUCCCUCCCCACUGUCGGGUUGAGUAGCCCCAGCGUGGCUGUGUUAGGAGUCCUUUGCCCAACAUUGUGCUGCACUGGAGCCUGGCCCUGGCACUGUCCUCAGGACCCUGCCCAAGGGCCCACCGCAGAGCACACCUAUGCUAUGGGGAGCCCUGCUGGCAGCCCCGAGAGCCAUGCCAUGGCCUGCAGGAGCCAGGCUCCUGUGUGGAUGAAGUCCCUCUUCCUCUGUGCCUUGAUCCCUUGGUCAUCUCUUCCGUCCUUUCCUGUCUCUGAAAUAGUCAUCACUCCCCUUGACUCUCUCUGUUCACGUCUUCUCAGUCUGCAGAGUUAACUUCUGUAAGGAGUUUAAUCUGGGGUUCCAAGAAAACAAGUUCCUUGUUAACAUAGCACUGACUUUGCAACAAUAGAAAACUAACAAAUGAGCAACAAUAUAAAGAGUAGAGGUAGUUCUCAUUGGGUGUAACUUCAACCCAUUCUGCUUGUGGUUAGAAUUUAUAAUUUUGCUAACGAUGUAAUUUACUAAGGUUUGAAAUGGUGUUCUAACAGUGAGUCCAUUGUCUUGAGGAUUAAUCUGAUUUAUAAGUAAUACUGAUAGACAUAUUUUCGUACAUCUGAGCAGAAAUAAAUGCAUGUUUCUAGCAUAUGUAAUAUAAAAACUCCAGAGGAUAAGUUUACACUUAACAAGAUGUUGUUUUCUAUUUUUGAAUUUCUUAUUAUUUCCCCCUUUUUGGUAGUGGGGUUGAGAGGGGGAGCAUACUAUUUGUAUAAAGAACUGUCACCCCAGAGUGACAUUUAUUUUCCAAGAUGACCCUGAACUCAUGCUGUUGGUUUCAUAUGGUGUUUGUGUGCUUUGCCUAGAUUCAAGGCCUGAGGAUUUGAGGAAAAUCGGGAUUUUUUUUUUCCUAUUUGGUUUUCAUGUAAAAGUUCUAAAUGUCACUUAUUUUGCUAAAUAAGACCCUUUCACAGGAUAGUGUGCACAAUACCUAUCCGUGUUUCCAAGCAGAGUUCAAGUUCAUGUCUUCACAAGUAGAUGAGAGUCACUUCCAGUUGGGGGAAGCCCGCCUGAGCAGUGUUUUGAGAGUGCGUACAUUGGAGAACUGCCCCACGUCCGUUUGCACUCUGCCUUGCAAAACUUACUGUGGAGACGUGCCCCAGACUGGUCUCAGACCAGAGUUUGUGGCACAGGAAAACCUGGCCCCCUAAAAGAAGUUUUGGAAUUGGAAACCUGAUAAUUUCGGGAGGCUGAGGCAGGAGAAUGGCGUGAACCCGGGAGGCGGAGCUUGCAGUGAGCCGAGAUCGCACCACUGCACUCCAGCCUGGGUGACAGAGCAAGACUCCGUCUCCAAAAAAAAAAAAAGGAAACCUGAUAAUUCUACUCACCUCCCACCGCCCCCCCGCCCCCCCCCCCCCCCCCCCCCCCCACUAUAGGCAGAGAGAGUUGAUCACUUCCAGGGUCUCUGACUUCUGUGACCUGGAAAUCAGCCUGGCUUGGGAAAUUCAUGUUGUUGAUCUUUAAUUAUUUAAUUAUUCUUUAAUAAUCCUUCUAUUUUCUUGACAUCUGACCCCCAGCAAGAGUAAGGAUCCCAGAGGUCAAAACAGUGGUGAGAGCCAAGCUGCUCACAGACACCCACUUGAUGCCACAGCCAUGCCAUGAGGCUUCCUCCCAGCUGCUCUGCUGGCUUGCUGAAGCCAGCUCUGAGUCACAGGGUUGCCUUGGACCCUCGGCUGUAGGGGGCACCUGUCUGGCUCCGGGCCCUUUGUCCUGGAUACACUGACAGUAAUGUGAGCGCAGCACUUCAGAGUUCAGGCCCAGCAGGUCCUGGCAAGUGCAUUCCACCUGAACUUUUAACCCAAGCGGUGGGGAAGGAAGCCAAAACUCCAAGCUGCACUUUCUUGGGGUUCUGGCCAUGCACUUCUUAGCCUUCUCUCUGACUUUACAGGACAAAAGGUACCCCACGCCUUCAGAAUCAUGCUUACCUGCACGGCAGCAUCUGACUGGAUGGCUGGCUAGGUCUCAUCCACCCCAAAUUACUGACCCUUGAUUUAUGUUGUUACUGCUCAGGUUAUGCUCAGAUGCCCUGGUUGCCUGAAGAUGGUUUAAGUGCAGGCCCUUCAGACAAGUCACGUCAGGCAAGAGAGGGCUGGCCUCUAACCCACAAGAGGGCAGAUUUGUGGCCAAGAGGCUUCCUGGCAUCCACCCCCAGGCCCAAGGGAUCAGUGUGGUGCCAGAGAGGAUCUUUAAGCUGGGACUGUACUGAGGCUUGAUGGGAAGUAUGGGCAGCAUGUACUUGACACGUUAUCACCCAGUCCCCUUGUAAAAUCUGGAACGGAGCGUUUAAGCUGAGCGUUAGCAUCAGGUCAGCAGGCAAAGCAAACCUCCCACAAACUGGGUGCCGUAAGGCGGGAGGUGACACAGGGAGAGCUUCGUCCUGGCCGAGCAGGCACCCAGCCCCAUGUCCCCCGCCAGCAUUCUGGAUGUCAGAGGAGGGUGCGUGUGAUGGCGUCACAUUCAUCUGAAGCACACUGAUUGUUUUUCCACAAGGUGGCAAGUUUGAUCAAAUUGACCGCUUUUCAUGAGACACCCAGAUGCUGUAAAAAAAAAAAAAAAACAGCACUGGGAUGUGUUGAGGAGGGGGCAGUUUGCUGUGCUCUGUUCUGUCUGCUGCUCUCUCUGGGGGCCGCACAAUGUCCGCACACAUCACGGAGGGGAGAAAGGCAUCAGUACCAAACGGAACAACCUCUUUUUUCUACAAUGUCCAUACCCGGACAUGUGAGGCUCUAUUAUCAACAGGUGGUGAGAAAAAUUCUGUUUUUAUUCACUUUCUGGUAACUUCUGUAGGCCCUGGCUCAAGGACUUAGCAUUUCGUCUCAUGUACAUCUUUUUCUUAAGUGUUCUUUGCCAUUUCUGGAAUUGUCCUUGGUUUUUCCUUAGCUCAUAGGUCAUAGAUGCAGAAAUAUAGUAUUUAAGGCAUCCGCAUCCAGCAUCAGAUGGCUUUGCAUCCAGAAAAACAUUGAUAACUCAGUUUGAAGCACCAAGCAUGUGUAAUAUGGCUCUAUACAAUAUAAUAAAUGCAUAAUGUUAAGCUUUUUAA